AUGUCCGACCAUUCAACAGAACCAUUGAUCCUUCAGGAGAUGGCUUGUUCCUAUCGCGAAUUGUGCAAACUGAUAUCCAGCAUUCCGGAGAUGCGGAAUCAACCAGAAGAAAUCGUGUUAAAGGUGACAGAUUUCUUCCGAGUCGAGCCAGUAGUGCCAGAUGAUGUAAUAGCUGUGAAUGCGAGUUCACAUGAUAAACGACAUCCGUUAGAAGAAUGUUUGACACCGAACACCAACACAUGGUGGAUCAGUGGAUUUGGUUCCAUGCUUUGGGGUAAAGGGGAGGAAUUUGUCGAGUUUGAACUGGCGAAAACAGUUUGCAGACUAUCAACAUUCAAAAUUGAAAUCCCUCCUCUGCCAGCAGGACCAUUAAGUGCCAAAACUCUGCGAUUAGACCGCAAGAAAUCCGAUGGAUCAUGGGAACAGUGCUCCCCAGUAUGGACAGUUCAGAAUCGGACUGGAUUGCAGUCGUUUGAACUAGAUGUGCCUGUGGAUACAAGGUAUUGUCGGGUGGUUUGCUUAUCAAAUCAAAUCAGCCAAUUCUUUGAGGGUCAGGUGCAGGAAGAUGUGAUCACUUUUGAAUACAUGUGUGUAGGGUACUUUUGUGUUCGGUUCGAAUAG